AUGCCAACGGACCCGAACCCACUGCGCAUCGCAGUCCUCGGCGCGGGCCAGAUGGGCGCGGGAAUGGCCCAAGUCGUCGCCGAUGCAGGACACACCGUCGUGUCAUGGGACGUGCGUCCUGACGCCCUCGCCAAGCUCGACGCGCGUAUCCGCACUACAACUCACCUAAACGAAGCGGUAGUCGGAGCGGACCUGGUACUCGAAGCAAUCGCAGAGGACCUGGCGAUCAAGCAGGAGGUGUAUCGCCGCAUCUCGGCCCUCAACGCAACCUGUAUAGUAGCGAGCAACACGUCCAGUCUUCCGGCCGAGCAGCUCGCCGCCGCCCUCGAACCAGCCUCCCGAUUUGCCAUCGCACACUUCUUCAACCCCGCCGCUGUUGUACCAUUAGUCGAAAUCGUGCCGGCCCCCCAAACUUCCCCCGAGACUCUUCAGAAGCUAAAGGAGGUAAUGGAGAGGGCGGGCAAGCUUCCGGUCGUCCUGAACCGCGCUGUACCCGGAUUCGUCGCCAACCGCCUCCAAGCUGCCCUCUAUCGUGAAGCCUACGCUCUGGCCGCGGAAGGAGUUGCUUCCCCCCAAGAUAUCGAUCUAGUCGUCCGCGCAGGCCUCGGGAGCCGGUGGGCCGCGGCGGGACCCAUGAUGGUCACCGACCUUGGGGGAAUGGAUAUUUGGAAAGCUGUGACGGGACAGCUGUUUCCCCUUCUCGCGGCCGACAGGACUACUCCCCAGGCUAUAGAGGAGGCGGUGAGGCGCGGCGAUCUGGGCUCAAAGACGGGACGCGGGAUUUAUGAGCAUGACCCAGAAGAGGACCAGCGGGUCAAGGAUCGUAUGGCGGCGCAUUUCAAACUCGAGUUUGGGCAGUAG